AUGGAUCUAAAGACGUAUACGUUUUUAUGUUUCGUCAUACCUUACCUCAUAACUGGAAAUUUCACAAAUGAAACGCAAGUAAAUCAAAAUGUAAAUGAAGGCGCAAUAAUAAACAACAAAUUUAAUAUAACCAAUGUUUGCUCUGCAAAUGAAGUUUUAAGCCUCUGCGAAUCAUGUACGAAAUUCUGUGCAAACGAAUCAAACGUGAUAUGUACGAAGCCUUGUAAAGGGGGAUGUUUUUGUGAUAAAAAUCUGAUGGGGGAUAGAUACGGGCAGUGUGUGAAGUACGAAGAAUGUUCCAGAUCAAUGAAAGAUUAUUAUCCUGUAACAGAACUCCCAGUACCAUACCAAUUGUCAUGUGGUGACCACCAGGUGUACAGCUCUUGUAGGAGAUGUGAUAAGACCUGCACUGAUCCGAACCCUGUUUGUAAUAGCACCUGUAUCGCAGGGUGCUUCUGUAAGGAUGGCUAUUUGAAAGGUCCAGAUGGACGCUGCAUCUUACUGAAGGAUUGCCCAAAAGCGGAAAUAACAAUAGGCAAUAACGAGGUGUCUAUAGACGAGUGUCAGCCGGAGGAAGUGUUCGUGUGGUGCGGCUGGUGUGAAGGUAGUUGCUCGGAGCCAGCUCCUCAGUGUCCAGAGACGACUUGCACGCAGGGCUGUCUGUGCCGACCGCCCUUAUUGCGACAUCACUCUGGCCUCUGUGUUGAGGAGAAGGAUUGUCUUCCACAAAAAUGUUCAAAUCCCAAUGAAGAGUAUGCCUGCCGCUACGGCUGUGAAGCUCGUUGCACUGCGAAGGCGUGUUCGCGCCCGCGCCGCUGUCAGCUCGGUUGUCACUGCAAGCGCGGUUUGUACAGGCACACCAACGGAAAAUGUGUAACUGCCAAUGAAUGCUUUGAGAAUAAUAAUGCUACUAUAUUUUAAUUACUUAAAUAACAGUUAUAAUAAAAACUAAUGUAU